AGCUUUCACACAACACACUCACUCACACACACCGUCCACCGCUGUCAUUCAUCCGCCGAUCAGUCCAUUCAUUUAUUAUAACCGUGACAUUAAGAGGAUAUGGGAGGAAAACAUCUAAAAGUCACUCCAUGGGCACUUUGGACCAUACUUAGUUUUUUUCUGUACGGGGUUCUACAUGGACAAGAUGUUCAGGCUCCUACUGUACAGGAGUGCUGUCAGGAUGGGAUGGAUCGGGCCCUGGGAGGACAUGACUGUACAAUCCUCCCCCUCAUCUCCAUCUCCUCCACCUGCAGGAUCGCCCAGGAGCAGUGCUGUUUAGCAACAGCAGGAGACCAAUUCUGUGACAAAGGCAUGAACAUGGCCAAGGAGCAAGGGGCCUGUGAGCGGCCCUUCUUCUCAGGAGGACCCUGGGAAACCAAGAUCUCGAAGAUUUGUUGUGACUGCUGUGUGCUCGGCCUGAUGACAGCGAGCCAGGCGUCCAGCUGCGAGCUCCAAGGUUUGACUCUGGAGAGGCUUUGUACGCAAGCGGCUAAAAACUGCUGUGGCAUAAACUCAGCGGAGGAACCCAAACAAACAGUCACAGCAAAGCCUGCAGCCAGUUAUACCACCAAGCCGCCAGAGGGAUGGAAUGGCUGUAGAGACUCCAAUUGCUCACAGUUGUGUGUAGGGAACGGCACAUGUGCAUGCCUUGAUGGUUAUCAACUGCAAUCUGAUGGAGUGAGUUGUGUGGAUUCUAACGAGUGUCUGACUGGCUACCACAACUGCGUCUCCGGCCAAGUCUGCAUUAACACAGAGGGUUCCUUUCGCUGUCAGAGGGAAACCAGCUGUGGCACCGGGUAUGAACUCAGAAACGACAACGAUUGCCACGACAUAGACGAGUGUUCUUUGGGCUCCCAUAACUGUGGACCAGACUUUGUGUGCAACAACACUGCAGGCUCUUUCCGCUGCUACCCGAAGGAGAGUUGCCCGAUCGGUUACAUUCAGGACGCUGUAGGCAACUGUAACGAUUUUAACGAGUGUGCUGCCUACGCCAGUCCAUGCCUGUCUGGCGAGACCUGUAUCAACACAGAGGGCUCUUACACAUGUCGCAGGAACAAAAUCCCCUGUGGACGAGGCUACCAUCUGAUUGAGGACGGCACGCGGUGUGAAGAUGUGGAUGAGUGUCGUACAGGGAAUGUUUGCGGCGUCCAUGGUUGUGUCAAUCUAGUUGGCACGUACCGCUGUGAAUGCAGUAAUGGCUUCAUCUUCAACAGUAUCACCAAGCUGUGUGAAGAUAUCAAUGAAUGCAGACAUUAUCCUCUUCAACUCUGCGCCCACAAGUGUGAGAACACAGAGGGGUCCUACAAGUGCAGCUGCACCACUGGCUUCAAACUGACCCACGACGGUAGAAGCUGUGAAGAUGUCAAUGAGUGCGAAGCCAACCCUUGCAGCCAGGAGUGUGCAAAUGUUUACGGCUCGUACCAGUGCUACUGUCGCCGUGGUUACCAGCUGAGUGACAUCGAUGGGAUAGCUUGUGAAGAUAUCGAUGAGUGUGCUCUGCCUACUGGAGGUCACGUGUGUUCCUACCGCUGCUCCAACGCCCCGGGAAGUUUUUACUGUACCUGCCCUUCUACAGGCUACACACUCGCACACAAUGGACGCACGUGCCAAGACAUUGAUGAAUGUGCCGCGGGGAUCCAUACUUGUUCUGUCUCCGAAAGAUGCUUCAACAUCCAGGGAGGGUUUCGCUGUCUGUCCUUUGCAUGUCCGCAAAACUACCGGCAAGCAGCACAGCGGUAAGAGCU